UGAUUGGUUGUCUUGUUAGCGGAAGUGAGUCGGUGUGUGUUGUAGCAGGGUAGCUUGAGUGGGAUUGAACGGAAUAAAUAUGUGGUAACUAUUAUUUAUUCUCGUACCAAAACCAUAAAACAUCUUUAAAGCGUUGUAAUAUGGAAGCAGAUGGUGAUGCGUAUGUCCAAAAUGAACAUGUUCCUCCAAACCAGGAUCUGAGUUUUCUGCAGUCAGCUGUUAGUUCGAUCCUGUCUGAAUAUGGCUGGUAUCUGGUGUUCCUGUGUAUGGGAGUCUUUCUGCUCAUCCAGCAUCUCCGCAAGAUCAGACCCAGAGACAAUCAGAGCUCCUCUGUCUCAGAUGUGAACCAAGACCCCAGCUCUGUGGUGCAGCGCCAGGAGGCUCUGGAGGCCGCGCGCCGCAAAAUGCAAGAAGAGCAGGACGCCAGAGCUGCAGAAUUCAAAGAGAAGCAGCAGAGGCUUGAGGAGGAAAAGAGAAGACAGAAAAUCGAGAUGUGGGACAAUAUGAAGGAAGGAAAGAGUUAUAAAGGAAAUGCAAAAGUUGCACAGCUAAACACUGAAGAAGCCCCUUCCUCCAGCUCACUGAGACCAAGGACAGACAAAAAGCCCCUUCGGAACAGUGGGUACAGUCCUUUGUCUGGAGAUGGAGGAGGAGGAACGUGCGGCUGGAGACCCGGCAGGAGAGGACCGUCUGCUGGUGGAUGAGGUUAAAGGUCGUCAGAGUAACCUCUGACCCUUUGACAAUCCCCCAUAGGAACACAUAAAUAUUAACUGAAUAAGGCUGUCAGCACUCAUCAUAGGACAAUAGCAAAGAUGGUUAUUAAGGAUCUUCAUAAACACUUUUUUCUGGUGACAGGUUAAAUUGUCUAACUUUUGUUCUCACCCUCAUGUCGUUCUUAUUCUGUAUGCUGUUAUUUUUUUUUUUUUAAAUCAAUCAGUUCUAUCUUAUGAACACAGAUGAUUUUGAAUCUAGUGCACUGGUUAAAUUGAAAUCGGCAUGAUGAUUGUCUUUUUUUGUUUUGUUUCACAAUAACAGCAUGUGCAGUCAGAAUGACAUCAGGGUGAGUCGAAAAAGACAGAUUUUAGAUGUUUUACUUGUCAAAGCAUAAACAUAUUUUAACACAUAUUUUUUCUUUAAUUGCACAUUAUGAUAAAGAAACUAUUGCCUAUUUGUCUGACUGACAGCUUCUAAUGACGCCUCCUCAUCAAAGGUAUUAAUACUCCUGGGGCAGGCUGAUGAUUUUCAGUAAUGAAACGUGUUCCUGUUUUUAGCUUUUGCACUUAUAAAGGCUGUGCUAAUGAACACCUAGAGAGAGUAAAUACAAAUGCAAAGUGCUACAUUUAUAUCAUUUGAAGUGAUUGUAUUCUGUUAUAAAAUUAGGAAUUGCCGUUUUAUGACAGAUCCAUCAAUGCAUUUGUUUGUGAUGUUAAAUAGUAGCCUUCGUAGUGUGGGGUCUUUGGUGUUUUUGAAGCAUUUGUUUAGGAAUGACGUGUCAGUCAUUGUGAGCUUUUCAGAAUUAAAAUGCAUACUUAACGUU